UUAUUAUUCCAAGCUAUAAGAAAAGAGUUUAUUUUGUGACCGUAAUGGUAGCUUAGUUUUAAUACUAUGAAAGUUGACUUACUGGGAAUUGGUAAAAGAAGGAAUUAAAAAAGUGAUUGGAAAGAAAAUCUGAAUCAUGGAUGCCGCUUCAGCAGUGUCCUAUUACAAAGGAGUGGAGCAAAUCUUCAAUAUGGUUGCGCUCCUCAACCUGACUGCAUAUCAAUGGCCUGAUCAGGCGUGUGUUCAUAAUGGAUCCGAGUUUGACUUUAUCGUGGUAGGCGGUGGAUCAGCAGGAUGUAUAGUUGCUAGCCAACUUGUGAAAACAGGGCGAGCCAGUGUGUUGCUUAUAGAAGCUGGACCAUACCCUCCCUUGGAGUCUGAUUUGGCUGGAUUAUAUCCGUACCUAAAAGAUAGCAGAUACGACUGGAACUUCACAUCAACUGAAAACGAAUUAAUUGGAGAGUACCACACCAAAGAUGUCGUACACAUGUCUCAAGGCAAAAUGCUAGGAGGUUCCAGUUCUCUAGGCUUUGGCUGCUACAGGCGAGGAUACCCUCAUGACUACAAUGAAUGGGCAGCCAUCACCAAUGAUACAUCCUGGUCCUAUAAAUCUAUAGCUCCAUUAUUAAAACAGAAUGAAAAGCUAGUCGAUCCAAGACUCCUCAAAUCAAACCACUAUUAUGGAACAAAAGGUAACAUAAAGUUGGGUAAAGAAUAUUACGAAAGAAAUCGUCCGUAUUUCAAGGCAUUAGAAGAAAUUGGUUAUGAAUACCAUUUAGAUGUGAAUCCGGAUCAUCCUCUUGGAUUCACUAAUCUUAUGUUCACUAUAGGUGAUGAAGUUCGACAAACGCCAGCUCAUAAAUUCUUAAAACCUCUUAAAAAUAAUAAAAAAUUGCACCUACUUGUAAAUACAUUAGCUACCAAAAUUAUAUUUGAUGAGAAGAAAACGGCUGUUGGAGUUGAAAUAUUGACUGAAAAUAAUGAAAAAGUUACUGUUAAAGCAAGAAAAGAAGUUAUAGUCACGUGUGGUAGUAUCAAGACACCGCAGUUGUUGAUGCUUUCGGGAAUCGGACCGAAGAAAGAGUUGGAAGAUAAAGGCAUAGAUGUAAUAGCGGAUUUGCCAGUAGGAAAGAAUUUCCAAGACCACGUCAACAGUCUUUUAUUCUAUAAAAUGACAAAAAGUUCUUUAGCAAUGAAUCUUGGUGAUCCACACAAAUAUCCUUACGUGAUAUUUGAUGGCUAUGUCGCUCUCAACAAGUCUCAAUGCUACCCAGACUACGAAACGAUUUGCAUUCAUUUUGGAGAAUCACUUACAUUUUUGGGCUUGUGUGCAUUUGUUUUCAGUUACGAUUAUAAGAUUUGCGAUGCUAUAAACAAGGCAGCUGACAAUAAGGAAAUAUUUAUGACAUUUGUCACUUAUUUGAAUCCUGAAUCGAGAGGAGAGAUUCGUUUAAAGAGCACUGAUCCUCGAGACGAUCCUUUAAUUAUGCCACGAUACUAUUCAAAUGAAAUCGAUAUAGAGAAACAUGCAUCUUACUUAGCAGAUUUCAAUCGUAUUGUAAACACGACAUAUUUCAAAAAGGUUGAAGGUGAAUUGAUUGAUCCUCAGUUGAAGUCAUGUGAAGGGCUGGAGAAAAAUAGUAUGGAAUAUUGGAAAUGCUAUACCCUUGGAAUGGCAGAUACAGCUCAUUACUUUGUCGGCACUUGUUCGAUGGGAGCUGUUGUAAAUUCGAGACUGCAAGUGUAUGGUGUCAAGAAGCUACGAAUUUCUGAUGCGAGUGUUAUGCCGACUAAUGUAAGGGCAUUGACUGAAGCAUCAGUAAUGGCUAUAGCUCGUAAAGCUUCAAAUAUGAUCAUUAAAGAUUAUGGAUUACGAUGAAACGUAUGGAUUCAAUACGUUCAAAUUUUUUUCCAAAGUCCAUGGACAACACUGCUGUGUUUUGAUGAAUAAAUAUAAACUAUGUUUUAAUUUGAUUUUCUUUUGAAUAUACUUUACUAAAUACAUUAAAA